CCGGUCUCGGUCACUGCUCGAAGAGUACGUGGGUGAUCUUCUGUGUCGGUGUCUUCGUCCUCUAUCUCGUUCUCGGUCUCUGUAACGAUCAUGGUAGCUGCUGCGGCUGUCUCUGUCUGAGGACGUGUACCGUCUGGUGUAAGGCAUCUGGUAAGUUUUUGGAAUGACAAACAUGUCAUCAGUCGACAAUAACAGCAAUUAUCUAUGCAAUCUCUGCUUGACACUUCAAGCAACUUGAAAAAGAAAAACACAAAAAUAAAAUAGCUAAAUGGGAAGUAAAGUUAAUGGGAGUGUAGCACUUGCUGAGUAAAUAAAAGGCAUCUACACCAAUCUAGCAGUUAAGGUAUAUUCAAAAUGUGACAACAAACUUGCUUCCAAGUUGGAGGUGUAUUUAGCAAACAUGAAACGAUACCCCCAUGAUCUAGAAACCAUAUAAAUAACCCACACUAAGUGCACAGGUGCUUCCAACUUCCAGUCAACACAUACGACUAUGAACGACAGUAGCAACUGUAAAUAACAUUAGGCGUUCAUAAACUGGUAAAAUGCGUAAGUGUAUUAUCAUCACGGAAUGUAAGCUAAGUUUCAUAAUCAGAAACAAACACUUUGUAGCCAUGUAUUUUUUCCAGCGUUAAUUUUAUGCCUAUAAAAAUGUUAAUUCGCUUCUAGUCGUGGCGCUAAAUUAGCAAAACAAGCUAGCAGCCUUAGCCGAUGUAAAUAAUUUGACCGCCAUCUUAUCCUAGCUGCACUCAGUCAGUAGGCUGCCGUGCUAACCAUUUGGACAGAAUGCGGCUCCUGGAACUGCACAUUCACAUAGAGUUUAAUUCUUACCGUUUUAGCAGCGAGCCCUGUACGUUUGUCCCACAAGAAGUCCGUGGUGGUGGCGUUCUUGUUUACAUGUAUAUUUUUGCUUGGUUCUCGAAGCUCCGUUGCAAGCUAGCUAUAAGUAGCUUUACGUAGCUUGUGGCCACGGCCCAGCUGGUUCUGGUUGAGACUAGUGGCGGAAAUGCUGCAUUGCUUUCAAUUGGGAAUCUGGAUGUUCCUGCGUACUUUAAAGAAAAAGGUGUCGGGCUGCACCUCCAACGCAAUUCCAAUCUGAAACUCAGACUUCAACAAGAUGGGGUUACAGGAGUUCGGCUUCUUCUUCUUCUUUGGGGUGUAACGACAGUCGACAUCCUUACUGUUGCAUUGCUGCCUCCUCUAGGCCCUAUUCCCUUAUUACAGUCUCAUCCAGAUCCCGCUUUCCCACAAACAGGAAUAUUGCCUUUCUCCCCUUCACUGCCUCCCCACACCAUAUUAUGGUUCCCACAUUUUCCUAGACCUCGUUCGUUCGUUCGUUCGUUCUGACUGGAACGUUUUGACGUCCGAGCUCGUCAGCUCCAAAUUGAAUGUUUUCGACUACCCAGCAGCCUUGAAUGCAGCAUCACGACAUCGUCAGACCGGAACCGGAAAUGCGAGAUGUUUUUGUAGUUGAUAAAAUAUCGAACCUUCUCGAGCUGAUUACCGCGUUACAGCUGCUUUGUGAGUAGUUUUGAACUCAUUUCAGUCGACAUCGUUAGAGCUUCUUGUCAACGAUGCAAAAGUUAGCCGUGUGAUUGUGUUGCGUGCAUAAGCGAGCGGUGCAGAAUUGUUUCUCUCUGGCGGGCUCUUGUUGACAUACUGUGCUUUUAAAACGUAUAAUAAGGAUAAUAAUUCUUGCGACAUGAAUCCAACUAACCCAUUUGGAAGUCCACAAGGUGGAGGUUUGCAAGAAACGAGCACCAGUAAUGCUGCUUUGUUCCAGGCGUUUGGACAGCAAACUCCCAGUAGUGUGCCUCAAAAUGCGAAUAUUUUUCAGUCAUCAGCGUUUGGCCUACCAUCUGCCUCGAAACAACCCUCAAGCCACGGGACUAGCAUUUUUGGACAGAGCUCUUCCUUCGGGCAACAAUCAACACAAUCAUCAUCACUUCCCAACAGUACCCCAGUAUUUAGCCAGCCCACUGUGGGUGCCAGCAACGUGGGCUUCGGGGGCAGCACCCCCUUUGGAUCAGUCAGCGGAACAAACCAAAGCUUUGGACAGACACCUGCGUUUGGACAGCCCUCUGUUUUUGGUCAGGGCCCAGGUUUUGGACGGAAGGGCACAGGAUUUGCAGCGCAAGCUUUCGGAAGUACCCAACUGUCCUCAGGUUCCACAACUUUUUUAGGGCAGCCUCAGCCGUUGAGUUUUGGACAAUCUGUAUUUGGCCAGCCAUCGACUACCAGUGCCCCCAGCAGCGUGUUUGGAACAACUCAGACCCAGAACAGCAGAUUUGGAUCUGAAUUCAGUUUUAAGCCAGCCAAUGAAGCACUUUUCAAACCCAUAUUCAGUGUUAGCCCUGAGCCCACAAACCCUCAAACCACUUCACUGUCCAGCUCAUCUUUUGGCAGCACCGCAGAGAAGACAAGUGCCGGCACGGUGGGUAGUAGCAGCACCAUCACUGGCUUCCCCGGGGCAAAGUCUGGAUCACUGGGCUUCAGUUUCUCUGAGCCUGCUGCAGCUCCGUCGCUUCCAGUCCAAAACAACCCAGUAACAACAUCCAGUAAUACCGGCGUCUCCGGCGCGCUGCAGUUCACAUUUUCACAGCCUGCUGCCCCCUCUAGUUCCAGCACCAACGCACCCAUCACUCAGCCCAAAAGUGUGUCAACUUUUACCUUUUCAUCCAAAGCCCUUCAACCCCAGAUGGCACAACUUUUUGGAGGAACGAGUAUUGUUCACCCAUCAGCUUUUGGCGAGAUUAAAUCAAAAGCAGAGUCGACUUCCGGCCAUAAAGCGGCCCAGGAGGGUGACUCAAAUGCAUUUGCACCGUUUAGAAAAGGUAUGAAACGUAGAGAAGAGUCUGCAACGGAGCUGUCCAACACUGUGGCGGAAGCCAUUGCAGACGACGACGAAACACCAGAAACAUCUUCACCACGACAACCGCCGAAGAGACCUCUAAUGAGGUCUCGUGGCCCAGCGGUGGGGUUAUUCAGCAGAGCGCUGAGCGGACUGCGGAAAGACAUGACCAACGUAGCGAGACAGGGGGCGAAGGAGAUGCUGCAAAAGAAAUCACAGUCGCAGGAGAUGACAAGCGAUCAUCCCCAAGUACUUGAUGAACACCCGACUGCUUCCACAUGUGGGGCACAAACAAUGAGCCUGGGGGUGCCGGACAAGACUGAAGAGUCAGAGUCACCAAAACCCUCGGAACUGACGACUGAAGCCAAGAUGCCUUUAAGAUCUGGUGUACGAAGCGAGAGCUUGGACAGCCUCGGUGGGACGUCUCCCACCGACUGCACUGUCAUCCAGUGCAGAAACGUUCCUCGAGCCCUCAACAAGCGGAACAUCAUCGAGAAGCACUUUUCUCGCUUUGGCAAAGUCUGCAAGGUCUGUUGUCGGCUCGCCAAGAACACGGCUAUUGUGCACUUUGACAGUCACGCGUCUGCAGCAAAGGCCAAGAAAAGAGGAAAACUCCUGCAUCGGCAUGAGCUCCUCCUUUUGUGGCAGAGAAAGAAAUCAAGUCCAGGGGACAAAAGCAGCAGACCCGCAUCAGGAAAAGAGGACCCUGAGGUCCCAAAAGAGGACACAAAUUUCAAGGCGGCUUCCUCUCCCCUCAGAAGACCUGUGCUCAGGCCUCCUGCAGCUGGCAGCACCUUCAGCCUCAGCUCACCUGUGAAGAAGCCACCCACGGCCAGGUCUCUCCAGUUUGAUUCUGAAACUCAGAAAGAGAACGUCACGGAGACGCAGAGCACCGAGUGCCCCGUUCCCUCUUCUAUCCUCCCCCUCAUAGGCUUCAUGGCUGAAACAUCUGAGGACAAGUACCGCCUGCUUGAGCAGAGGGACAAGAUUUUGCGCCAAGAUCGAACCAAAAGUCCAGACAUGGACCUCUCUAAGGUGUUUGUGGGAACGUGUCCUGACAUGUGUCCCGAGAAGGAGCGAUACAUGAGGGAAACAAGGAACCAGCUGAGCAUAUAUGAAGUCCAUCCAAACACAGAAAUGGUGGAUCACACAGCAGCCAUCAAAGAGUACAGUCGUUCAUCAGCUGACCAGGAGGAGCCCCUUCCCCAUGAGCUACGCCCCCUGCCAGUGCUCAUCAUGACCAUGGACUACCUGGUCACCCAGGUCAUGGACCAGGGUCAUGACAACUUGCGGGACUGGUAUGAUUUUGUCUGGAACAGGACCCGUGGCAUCCGGAAGGACAUCACCCAGCAGCGUCUGUGCUGCCCGCACACGGUCUCGCUCAUAGAGAAGUGUACGCGCUUCCACCUCCAUUGUGCUCACCACCUCUGCGAAGAGCCCAUGUCUGUCUUCGACUCCAAGAUCAACAAUGAGAACCUGACAAAGUGCCUGCAGAGCCUGAAAGAGAUGUAUGAGGACCUGAAGGACCGUCACAUCUACUGCCCUGGAGAGGCGGAGUUCCGCCAGUACAGUGUCCUGCUCAAGCUCAAUGACGGCGAUAUCUUACGUCAGGUCCAACAAUUCCGCGAUGAAGUACGCAACUCUUCUGAAGUGCAUUUUGCCGUGCAGGCAUUCGCCGCACUCAACAGCAACAACUUUGUGCGUUUCUUCAAGCUGGUGAAAAAAGCAUCUUACCUGGCCAGUUGCCUCCUACACAGAUAUUUCAAUCAGGUCAGAGCAAAAGCAUUAAAGAUCCUGAACAUUGCCCACACUGUGGGUCCACGUUCGACGGCUUUUCCAGUGGAAGACGUCGUUCGAAUGUUAAUGUUCCGCAGUGCCGCAGAAGCGACUGACUUCAUCCAGCAGUACAGCCUCAACGUCAGCGAUGGUUUGGUUGAUCUAAAUCGGAUAGCCUAUCAGGAGCCGGAGCUGCUGUCCCAGAAGAAGUCGGAGAUCAUUCUGGCUAAAAAGACAACACUGAUCGGAGAGGUUGUGAAUGGAGGCCUCCUCCCCAAGCCUCCUCAGCAUGUACCCGUCUGUAGCUUUGACUCCCAGAACAAGUUCAGAGGAGAGGCCCCGAUGGCUGAGCCUGUGCUGGAUCCAUUUAAAGCCGUUGCUGCCAGAGUGGAGUUUAAGGCCCCGCCCAGGGCUGAAUUGCAGACGCAACUCUCACCACCCAGGCCUGCAGACGCUUUAGGGCUGCGACCAGCUGUUCCGGAUAAGACGGAAGAGCCCAGCGAUUCCUUCCACAGUUUGGUUCCCCCUGCAGAUGCUCAGCAGCUCUUCCAGCCUAUUUCACAGCCUCCCCAAGUCAACGCACCAUCACCUGCACCCAAACCUCAGCCAGUGUUCAGUGAUGAGGACAUUAUGGCCGAAGUGGACAGUUUGAUUGAGGAAAUAAUCGUGACCUCCACAAGGGAGGUGGCGGCUGAUGGUGCCAGUUAUGUCGCAACAGCUCUAGAUGAGAGCAGUGUGCAGUCAGAGUCGCUGCUGAGUGAGGUUCUAGGACGAAUGCUGCAGGAAUUGUCUUCUUCCGAGCUCCAGCUGGAACAAGAGCGCGUGGCUGAAGAGAAACGGAAGAUUGAGGAAGCGAGGAGGAGAAAGGAGCAUGAGGCCUUCUUGGCCAAGUUCCGCAUGUCUUUGUACACGGAUAUCAUGCUGGAAGUUUUAGAUGAGACUAUCCAGGAGACUGCCUCCACAGUGUUCCAGCAAGCAGUGAAUGAGAAAGCACAGCAUGUGGCUAAAUGUUCUCAAGCGGUCUGCACUGGUUUAAUUGAGGAGACUUUAGAAGCAGACAUUACCCUGCUGGUCCAAGAAAUCCUCAUGGCUGAGCUGCAACGUGCUCGCAAGUACAUCAAAAGGUGGCGUGACGUGGUGGCAGUACGUCGGCAGCUCAAGAGACAGAUGAGAGGCUUUCCAGCGGCCCCUUGCUUCGUGGACCCUCGCUUCAAGCUGAAGGCGCUGGCUCCCAGUGCUCCGGCACAGCAGUCCACAGAGGAUCUGGCUUGUGGGAUGGUGAACCUGGGAAACGGAGGAAGGCUGUCCUUGUCCAGCACCAGGGUAUUAAAAAGCAGACAGUUAGCAGUCCACCGUAUGAGAGUCCAGUGCUUCUAUCAGCAGCUUCUUGAAGAGUUGGUGUGGGCGCCGCUCGACCUGCCAGCGCUGGUGACAGAACAUCUCCCCAACCCACCCGACAGAAUCUUCUGGAAAGCAGUUGUCCUUCUCCCCAGUGACCAUGAGAAUGUAGCCAGCCCGGCAAACAGGAUCCUGUCAGACUGGCUGGAAGUGAAGCUUGGUGGGGGUCAGGGGUCAAAGCUCGUGGAUGAACAACAGGACGGCACUCUGCAGACCCUCUUCCUGUCAAACACCAUCAAGGAGCACGCGCAGCGCACCCACAAGGUUCACAUCAGUGUCAAGGUGUCGAGAGGUCCCCUGACUGAAGACUGCUUGGCAGAAAUGGAGGAGUGCUUGGAGCUGCAAGGGACUGCGGCGCUGAUCAUGUUGCUUCCCACAGCACCCGCCUCAGAGACCCCCCAGCGUGACGAGCGGGACGUCACCAUGCUCUCGGCUCUGCUUCAGCUCAAGCAGCUGCAGCAAGCUAGCGCCUGGCAUUGCCCGCUGCCUCUGGUUAUUCUGGUCCCUGGCACCUGCAAUGCUGAGACGCUUGACGAAGAACUGAUGCUGCCCACCCUUGUGAAGGAUGGCUUCAUAUCGGAAUACACGUUGCUGUUCAUACCAGAAAGCACAAAUGAUACGCAGGGAUCCAAACAGCUAAACCGCGCUAUACAUUGGCUGCUGCCUCGUGCACCGCCAUUCAUCCCGCUCUCCUGCCAGACCCUGAUGCAUCUUGUGGAGGUCACCUUGAGUCAGGAGUUCAGUCGCAGGGUUUCCGCCCACUGCCAGGAAUGGGCCACCGCAGGGCUCCUUCCUCAGGAUCCCGCUCCCGUCGUCGAGCUGUACAACGCCGUCAUCCGCCACAUCGCAGACAAAGUGUCAUCCCAGGAGCUCUCCGGCAUCUCGUGGCCUCCCGGCGAGUUCUGCCUGCCUGACACCAGGGAGUUUGUUCCUCAUCUGGGCUGGAACAGCCGCCCACACCUGGCCUGGUUACGCAGGACCAUCCUCAGCCUGCAGCUGCCGCAGUGGAGGCGACUUUCUACCACAGACACAUGGUCAGAGCUCUGCUCGGGCAUCUACUCCUAUGCUGCUCACAUCCCAGUGACACACGGCAACCGGCCCCUUAUCAUGUCGCGUCUGGAAAACCUACUAGAGCGUGUCAGGCAAAAAGGGCAGCACAGAAGAAGUGCUUCCAGGCAGAGCUUUAGCAUCUGGGAUGACGACCACGACGCCAUGUGCCCUGCGUACAGUCAGAUCCCUUGGGUUGACGCGCUGUUCAUCUGCAUUGACCACAAGCUAAAGGACUGGCAGAUCCCCGGACCUCCUGUCUGUGAAGAUGCUCUGACAGAGGAUGGGGAGAUUCUGGUUUACUAUCUCAGCGAGUCGUUAAAGGGCUUCCAGCCACCUGAAGAGUGGAUGAAGGCCGCCAGACUGACCCCCCGGGACAAACACCACGACAAAGGGGCAAGUCCAGCUGCUUGUGCCACGCCUAAAAGCUUGCCGUUCAGACAACGAUUGUUCACCAGUGUGGUGGAGCCACUGGAGGCCCAGACAGCACCCCUGGAUACCUCUCACACGCCCACUAGAGUAGAGGCGCUGGCCCACAAAGUGCUGCAGACGUUAGAGCAGGAAAAGGCCGAAAGCGAAAGGAGUACACAUCAGCUUCAACAAUGGCUAGACGGUGAUUCCUUAGACGACUGGUCCACACCUCUUCUCCUUCCAUCCUCCAUCCUGCUCUCCAUGCCCACGCUUCUAAAGCAAGCGCACCCAGCUAAGCAUCAACACGCCGCUUUCACACAGGGAGCUUUUGUGCCAGCGGAGAAGGACGAGUGGUCCAAGAGAAGCGCUUCAUCAUCCCUAACGGAGCAACUGAAGCGCCUUCAGCAGCAGAUUGUAGCAAGCCAGGAAGAAGAGUUGGCCUGCAAACUGAAACUGAGUGCAAUGAUGAGCAUUGUUGAAGACUGAAUGAGUGACUUAUUCUAUUUUUAUGACUAAAACCACCUGUUGGGGUCUGGUUAACUUUUUACAGCCAUGUCUUGGGAGUUUUAUUUUUUAACAAGCAAUAAAAUAAUGGAAGCCACAAACAAACUCCCUGCACAAAUUAAUGUCUGCUAAUAAUUCAGACUGCUACGUAGCCAAUUGUACUCUAUUCAGGCUGGCAAUCAGUGUUAGGAAUGGAACAUUUUCCAGUCUUUAGAUAAGUAAGGCAUCAUGUUUGUGCUUGUCUACCACAGAGACAUGAGACACGAUCGCAAGACCUUUCACUGGAACAAACACACACUGUCCUCGUAGUGAUCUCACACACACACAGUUUCUAGAUAAGCCACCCUUCUGUCUGAGGAGCACUUAGUUAUCCAACCAAGACUGUGUGGAACCAGGUUACGCUAAUAUCCCAACAACUAAACAAGGAAAGUUUACAUUCAUUGAACCACCUCUUUGACGGAUGUCAGAGGAGAGCUCCUCUUUAGAUGGAGUGGACUUAGCUAGACCUUCACUGGCAGCUAAUCGCUCUCUCCAGCGCUGGCAUUACAAUUGCUUGUACUCGUGCCUGUUAAAAUUGUAAAACUAUAACUUUGGACUCUGACUCUUAUGCUUAUUUCACAGCUGAUAGAAUUUCAGAACCUGCGUGGUUCCCGCCCUGCUAAAAGGGCCGGACCAAAUCGGAGUGAAAGCGAUAGUUUUCCAGUAACUCUUUACAAUGUAAUAAUUAUAAAAUACUGAUACUAUACGUAUAAUUUAACAAUGGUAUUUCUAAUAGUAAUGUAUUUGAUUUAACUGGUAAGUUUCAAAUGUUAGACAUAGACUCCGCAUCGACCGCUGAGUCGUACGUCAACGUAGCCGCCAUAUUGGAUGGGUCAAUGCUGCGCUAGAAUACAAGUAAAUGUACUUACUUUCAUAAAGCGCCUUUCUAUAAAGAAAAUUAAUUCCUCGCGUGUAUGCAUUCCCACACGCACUAAUAUACUUGGGGAAAUAAUUAGGCACCAAAAACAAUGUGUUUUUGUACAAUGCCAUUGUUUUUGGUGCCUGUUUCCCAAGGAUAUUAGUACGUGAAUGUAUGAACGACACACUACAUACCAGAAGGUGUCUUUCAAAGUUCUGAAUGCCUUAUAUUUGUAUUUUACAUCAUUUUGUCAUUUUUAUGCCUGCAAAUUACUAAUUUGGGCCAACAAAUGCAUACAUUUUGCUUAAACGUGUCUAUUUUUGUUACUAAUAGGUCGUAGUCAACCAGGAAACAACCAUGAUUUAUUUGGGGAAAACUGUAAUGUGAAGCCGCGAUGUGGCGAGGGACGGCUGUCUAUAUAAACUCUACCUGUACUGAAGAAAGUCACUAAGUCCCAGAGUCUUGCACAGGUCCAAAUGUAAAACUCCAGAACCCGUCAAUAAACAGCGGAUGGACUUCAAAGUUGUGACGUUUUGUCUGACUGUCCCCGCAGCUUCUACUCCUUCGUAACAAAGUAAACAUUGAGGUUUCCCCACAGCAUUUUCAAAUGCAUAUUUUCUUAUCCAGUCGCUGUUAAAAGUCCGUUCCAUGUCUACUUUUUUUGUUAGUAGCGCCAUAUUUGUUUAAAUGCUAGCAGUCUUCUUCUUCUACUGCUGCUGCUGCUGCUUCAUUGUGACACGUUCGCCUCACUGUUGCCCCUCAGAGCAAAUGUAGUACUGCACGAAUGAGAACUUGGAGGAAGAUCCAGGCUGGUACCGACCCCGAUAUACUUUGUGCAAAUCCACUUAAUGUGUCUAGUGUGUAAAUUUUAGAAAGUAGCGUAUUUCAAAUAAUAGCAUAGCUCAUAGACUAAAGAAUAUGAUUUAUUUAAAACUCAAGCAUACUGAGGUACAGUAUAGGCAAGCUAAUAAGGUAUAGAACAGCAAAAAGAGGUCAAAAAUCAUAAAAUGUCAAAAUGGUGUUAUACUGGGUUGUGUUGCAUG